CUCUCAUUUUGGAAUCCGGCUCUGAACGUUCACUUUAAUACACCCAAAGAAACGCAGCCACAUCCACGGGUCGGUGCUCCUUCGUCUCUUCUCCUAAUGCUGUCUUAGUCGGAUUCAGACUGAAACAUACGGAAUGUGCGUAAAGAGCCGCUUAUGCUGGACGCAAACUGCUCUGCCCAGCGGGCGCCGUCGCGUUUGCUACCUGCGUUCCUCUCCAAGGAUGAUAAGGCGCAUCGAUGCACUCGUCCCCGACCUCGUUCCUCCGUGCCAUAAUUAUAACACCAUUUUUUUCCUCGGCGAUCCCGAAGCCGAUCUCUGUUUUUUUCCGCGCGCACGCGUGUGUGUGGAUUGUGUUCAUCUUUAACCUGCCAUCACUGUAGCCCCCCGCGUUGCGUUGGCGCUGCGGAUCUAGCCUACAAGAACAAGAGCCAGCUCACAGCCGUGGAAACAAGCGAAUCAAUUUAGGGAAGAGCAGGAAAAAAAAAGAGGAGAGACUGAUAGCGAGGUUGGGAAACUGACGAUCGGAGAGGGGGAGAGAAAACAUCGACCUCACGCCGCAGACGCCGAAACAUUAAGGGAGAACCAACAGUCUCCAUCGUGACAACACUUUCACAAGCAAAUCCUCCCCUAAAUUUGAUUUCUCUUCUAAUAAUUGUCAUGGGAAGAAAAAUGAAAAAUUGAGAAAGCCCAAGUAUUUGAUUACCAAGGAACUAUGAGCAAAAGCAAAGUAAGAAUCUAUUAUUGAUAAAGUCUUUAAUAUAGCAUUGCACUUUUUUCCUCAGUUUUUAAGUGGCUGCUUGAAGGAGCAAAAGAGAAUCAGAGCGUUAAAUAUGAACAUCAAGAUAAGCACCUGAAGUCGCUUGAUUGGAGGUGACCUAUCAACUUCUUAGCAAUAGGGGUAGGUCAUGACUCAGUUGCCAUGCGUGUUGUCAUGGUGACCAGUCCAGGUACCCCUUUCCCCCUCCUCUGGUUGGUCCAACUUUUGUUGUGGUUUCACAACCAUGGACCUCAGCUGACAGAGGCAGCACCCCCGUGCCCCUCCCCCUGUAUCUGCUCCAAUCAGGCAAGCCGUGUCAUCUGUACAAGGAGGAGUUUAGAUCAAAUCCCUGACAGUAUUUCAGAGAACACAAGAUACCUCAAUCUACAAGAGAACUCAAUUCAGGUGAUCAAGUCUGAUACAUUUAAGCAUCUGCGACAUUUGGAAAUCCUCCAGCUCUCAAAGAACCACAUCCGACAGAUUGAGGUGGGAGCUUUUAAUGGUCUUCCUAACCUCAAUACACUGGAGCUUUUUGACAACCGUCUUACAGUGGUGCCAUCCCAAGCUUUUGAGUAUCUAAGCAAGCUAAGGGAACUAUGGCUAAGAAACAACCCAAUCGAGACGCUGCCGGCGUUUGCCUUUCAUCGUGUUCCCUCUUUACGGCGUCUUGACCUAGGGGAACUCAGGAAGCUGGAUUUCAUCUCAGAGGCUGCCUUUGAAGGUCUGAUAAACUUGCGCUUCUUGAAUCUUGGCAUGUGUGGCUUGAAGGACAUACCUAACCUCACCCCAUUAGUGCGACUAGAGGAGUUGGAGCUAUCAGGGAACCAGCUCGGGAUAGUCCGGCCUGGAUCCUUCCAGGGUCUAGUUUCACUUCGCAAGCUGUGGCUAAUGCACUCCAGAGUGUCAGUCAUUGAACGCAAUGCCUUUGAUGAUCUCAAAAACUUGGAGGAGCUGAACCUCUCUCACAAUUCCCUGCAUUCCCUGCCUCAUGACCUCUUCACCCCUCUGCACCAGUUGGAGAGGGUACAUCUAAACCAUAACCCUUGGGUUUGUAACUGUGACGUUCUCUGGCUCAGCUGGUGGCUGAAAGAAACAGUUCCCAGCAACACCACUUGUUGUGCUCGCUGCCACGCACCCCCAGGUCUAAAGGGCAAGUACAUUGGAGAACUAGACCAGAGCCACUUUACCUGCUAUGCCCCAGUGAUUGUUGAGCCACCCACUGACCUCAAUGUCACUGAAGGCAUGGCUGCUGAGCUGAAAUGUCGUACUGGAACGUCAAUGACCUCCGUGAACUGGUUCACUCCAAAUGGCACGCUGAUGACCCACGGAUCAUACCGAGUUAGGAUCUCAGUGCUCCAUGACGGAACACUGAACUUCACAAAUGUGACCAUGCAAGACACAGGACAGUACACUUGCAUGGUAACCAACUCUGCUGGAAAUACCACUGCAUCCGCCGUUCUCAAUGUAUCUGCUUCGGACCCCAGCAACACCUACAGCUAUUUCACCACCGUCACUGUGGAAACACUAGAGCCAAGAACAGACGAGGAGGAGUCUGCAAGACAGUAUAUUAACGAGACCUUCAUAGAUUUUCCUAAUCCUACUGUCCACCAACCUGGUGUUACUAUAACGCCUUCUCUCUCUUCUCUCUCCUCACUGUCUCCACGAAUCAAUAGAGCUCCUGAAAAUACAGUGACUGAGCCCCCAGAACAUGUAACUAACAUUCCAGGCCUGGAUGAUGUAAUGAAAACAACUAAGAUCAUCAUUGGUUGCUUUGUGGCCAUUACUUUCAUGGCAGCAGUAAUGUUGGUGGUCUUCUAUAAACUCCGUAAGCAACACCAGCUACACAAGCACCACGGCCCAGCCAGAGCCAUUGAAAUUGUGAAUGUAGAGGAUGAGAUCGGAGCCGGAGCAGGAAGUGGCAUCUCAGGUGGUUCGACAAUGAAUUCUGGAACAGGUGGAGAAGGAACCCUACGGAUACAUCAUCCAGAAAUAGUCAACCUUCCCAACAUUGGUCGUACCGAUACGCUAAACCAUUACUACAAGACACAUCAUUUUAACAACAAUGUGAUGGGUCUUAGUAUUGGCACUGAAGGGAUGGGGCCAGGAGGGAUCCUGAGUAACAAGAGCCAGCAAGGUCAAGAUAUUCCUAUCUCCUGUACCUCUGUCCCGAUCUCAACAUCCAACUUGCUCACCUCAUCAGGCAACGGCACCAACACCAUCCCCAGUUCGAUGUCCCCACCACUCCCCAUGUCUCUGCCUAUGCCUACCAUGGGCUUACAUGGAUCGAUCAAGGGUUUCAUGGGCCAAAGCCAGAAUCCACAAAUGGAACCUCUUCUUUUCAAGGGGAGUUCGAAGGAAAAUGUACAAGAGACUCAAAUCUAACAGCAAAAGUGAGAGUAUUGAGUGAGAGUGAGUGAGAGAGAGUUGACGACAGAGAGGGGAUUGAUCUUGGGUUUAUGCGCAGAAUGAUUAGACACUAGAGUGCACUGACAUUACACUAGGAAAGAGGAUAGACUGAAACGGCAAUACACAAACACAUAGACUUAUCUGUGACAGUGUACUGAGCCAAGGAUUACCACAAUGGCCCACUUGUGUUUGUAGUAACGAUCAUGGCCAUGGAGAUCAAGGAAUGGACAUUGCUACAAUGUAAAUCUGUGCCAAAGCAAAUGUUUUUUGCAGUUUCUACAAGCUGUGUCCUCAUAGGAAAAAAAAAAUAGCCUUUCAGAGUAAUCAGUCCCCAAACCGUUGUUGGCCAGCAGAGUUGAAAGACACGCACAGCACUUGCCACACUGAAGAUCAGAGAUAUUGCAGAAUAAAAUCCAAGAGACAUUUUUCUUCCUCAAAAAACCACGAGCCACAUUCUCUCUCUAGUGACUCAAAAGACUCCCUCAAGGUGAAAAUUAUGUAGGCAUAAAUAGAUGGACAAAAGGGUACAGUGCAAACUACUGUGAAAAAUCCACAAAUUAUAUAAAUAUAUUUUCAUCUAAAUAUGUAUCAUUGCAGACUCUGAUGCAGACAUAUUUUGGGGUGGAUGUAUAAGCUGGUAUAGUUUGUUUCUUUGUGAAUAAUCAGGGGCGGCGAUAGUUGAGGUUUGUUAUGAUAUGUUUUAAGUUUGGCUACUUCUCAGAAACAUAAGGGCUCAAUUGCAACACUCAUUGUGAAUCUUUGAAUUGGCUUUGUGGCAUAAAGUCCAUUUAGGUUGUAUUACAGUAAAUGCAGAUCUCUGUUUGACAAACUUUUGUCUGUUGUUUCAGUAAUAAUCAUUACAAACUUUUGUGUUCUGAAAGUGUAUUAUGUAUUUUGUAAAAGCCAGCUUCUUGGUAUUUGAAUUGACAAUUCUGAUACUUAAAUGCCAGCAUCAAUUAAUGGUAAAAACAAACACGAACAGGUAAUCCAAUGCAAUGACCUGUAAGGGUAAAUUAAAGUGUUGACAAUGUGUUAUUUGAAUCAGAUCAGUAGCCAGAUAUUUGCUUUUAGACUGGAAUUUGAUAUGAUCUCCUUGCUCGUGGUUACCAUAAUCAUGCCAUGAAAUGCUGUCAUAAGGAUGAGUCGACAUCUAUCUGCAGCAGCUUUCAAGAAGGGAGUGAACAUCCAUCUUAAGAAGAUUGGAAUGAAAGGAAAUGUACAGUAUAUUAAUAAUAAUAAUGUCUGGUUGUAUGACAAUUGUAAGAUCCACAUUUUUAAAGUGUAACUUUCAUAUGUUAAAUGCCAUUUACGCUUCUUGCGUUUCAACUAUGUAUUUCUUUAUUUUUGUUAGUUUGAUAUAAUGUGUACAGUUGUCUAGCCAUGUAUCAUUACGUGUGAAAUAAAUCAAUCAUAUAUUGGGUUGUAUCGGGUCAAUAUGGCAACCACGCAGGUUAAGAGUGAGACAUUGUGCCGUUCUCUGUGCUAAAACCUGGAUUGAAUGUAUGGUUAGUGGUUUAGCCAUUAGUCACCCUGGUAAUGACACGUACUGUCUGUCCUGUUAACGCGGUCAGACAGGCUUUUAGCGACUUGCCUGUGGAUGGGCUACACUUCUGGUUUUGGAAGAUGAAUGUUUUCAUGAUCUAAUCCUUUAAUGAAGGCGGGUUUGUCAAAAAUUAGUCUUCGCCCAUGGUAAUUCUUCUGCUCUUGUGCUGACAAAGUUUGAAAUGUGAACAGACAAUUAAGGAAAAGUAAUGUUUGUUGCAAUUGAGCGCAAACUGGACAAGUAACCAGUUAUUCCAGACAAUGGAAAAUCAGUGUUGACUGUAAUGAAGGUCUAAUUUUGCUGGGAUGUGUGUGUGUGUGUGUCCCUCAAAGCUACACAUUGUAUAUGAGGUAUUUUCUAUUCAAAAGAAGGAUUUUGCCAUUAGCAAUGAGCUCAUGCGUUCUGGAAGAAGGCAUAAAAUGAAGUAUUGAUAGUAACAGUGAUGAUAAUAAGAGUGAUGCUGCUAGACAAAAUCCAGAAUCGGCUCUCACAUUGUUAUAUCUGUGAAAGGAACAUCUUCUAAUGCUAGCAAGCUAAGGCAUUUUUCAAGUAUGCCUUGAACAUAUGUAUUGAUUUUUUUGUAACUUGGAUUGUCUAAACUGCAGCCAUUUCUCUAUUAUUUCUCAACCUUAUGUUAUUAUUUCUGGUCAUAAAUAUAAUUUAAAAAAAAAAUAUAGUCAAUGUAAAUCUGCAACCUGUCCAACAGAUUUAGAGGGCAGGAUUUGACUGUAUCCCCACAGAGACACAAAAAGAAUCUAAAUUAAUUCUAAAGACGUAACAUAUGGCUGCCCCCUUGAUGUGCUACAUUUGGUGCUCCGUCGUCAAAUUUCAAAGAGCAUACUAGAUACCUCCUUGUGUGCCGGGAAUGAGGGUACAUUUCUCCACGUUAACCGUGGAACAAAUCUUUUACCUGAACAUUACUGUAGCAAUGUUUUAUUAUGAUGAUGAUGACUCACCUAAUCAGCAUGGAAAUGUUCCUUUCAAAUCUCUGAGCAUCCGUAAAACACGACAUGCAAGGUUAUCAUCGUUAUUAUUAACGUUUGAAGGAAACGCAGAUGGCUUUUGUUGCAUCUUAGUAUUGUGGCUGCCAUUGUACUCUGUGUUCGAUGCUACUGCAGAGAAAGCUCAUUCUCGUAAUGUUCAGAACUAUAUGACCCCUUUUAAUGAAGUUGACAAGCUUGAGACUGUACAUACCGAUCAUCUGUACCUAACUGUAGCAUUGAGUUUGGCUACAGAUGGAGUUCUGACAUGUUUGUAUCCUCUGCAUCACCCAUUGCUUACAAUGGAUGCUUCUGUCCAAGUGACAUUUAUUGGUUUGUUGGAGGCAAAACUCCUUAAUGAAAUGGAUUAUGGUAUCUGAGACACCAAAUUGCGAGACAAGAAAGUGGACUGACCUUUUGGUUCUUUAAAGGUAAGCUGUUCUGUUUGAUAAAACAAUAUUAAAAAGAUAGUCUGCUUUAAAAGAUUUGAAAGAGAAAUGUGCAAAGCAACAGAACUUUUAGAUUCCUUUACACAAAAAAACUAUAUAUAAAAAUGUCAUGUGUUUUCUUUUCUUUUUCUUUUGUGUUUUAUUUCCAGUUGUUGGUUGUAUCUUAGUAUGUGGUAUUAUCAGUUUGGGCCUUUAUGGAUUGUCAUUAAAUGUCAUUUUUUCCCCUUCAGAAAUUCAUCCAGGUA